ACAGCCUGCAUACCGUAUUCUGGAGCAUGCCCUGCGGUCGUUUCCGCCAUGCUUCUCAAAGGCAGGGAAGGGGCUUCUGGAGACUAGAGGCAGGGAAGUGAGUUGGAAUCCAGGACAAGAGCCACAGCCGCACGUUUUUGAAUUGAGGCAAUGGUUUUGUUUGGGACUUGUGAACCUCUUGUGAAGUUUGUUGCCAAUUGAGCUGAUCGCAAACGAAGGCCGUGAUGAUCUUAGAAGAGACGUCGGAAGCAGACGAGGGGCGUGGCAUUUGAUUGAACAUCUCGAUGCGGGAAGAAGAAGAAUUUUGCCCUCAGGGGGUAUGGCGGCGAAUAGGCAGGGCGGGGAUUUGAAAUGGCAGGUUUUAGUCAACCGCCUCCCGGUUGUCGUCAAAAUCCUAGAAAACCCAAGCACCGAGCGGAAAGUGGCUCCAGCAUCCUUGGAGAGCCUGAAGAAGUUGCACGAUCAGGCGCAGGCACUUGUGAAUGGGCAACUGGUUCUUCCGGUGACCCUAGAUGAGCCCCAGCGCAAAGAGGUCGACGAGUGCGUAGCCGGCAUCGCGCGUUGCUUGGACAAAUUCCCUCUCCACCUUCUGCUCGAAGCGUCGCAACCGAAGCGGGCCAAGGUUCCGCUCGACGAGCCUGCGACCCCAGCAGAAGGCCCUGCCCCACUUCAGAGGACCGCUUCCCUGCCAAUUCCCAGUGGCCCUGCAACCGUUGUCAUUCCCACCUCAAAAAGCGAGGGUCCUCCAGACAAGUUCGGCCUAGGAUUCAGCCCCCCUCGGUCGAAGCUAGUAGUCCCUGCCGACAGGGGGGUGGAGGAAGUGGGGUGGAACCCCCCUGAAAAGUUUCAGAAAGGGUUUGUGCCGAAGCACAGUGACACCGGCACGACCGGGCUGACUAGUGAACUGCUUGCCCCGGAUGGGGUGGUGUUGCACUCUCCCCCCAUGCAUGGGAGGACUGCACGACCACUGGGGGCUUUUGGAGGCUUGGGCGUUGCCAGCAAGCCAGCGUUCUACCACCCUGGGAGGACUUUGCCAGCUGAGGGGGGUCUGGAGAAAGAGAACGGGCAUGCAGCAAAGUUGGAUCAGCUGAGUGCUCCUCGGUUGAGAGGGCUGGAUCUGGCAGACCCGGGGGCGCAGUUUGGAAAGAGCCCGCCGAAGUCGAGCGUGCUUUCGGGGGGGAGGGCCGGGCACGAGGAGUUUUGGGAGAACGGAUGGACGACGAUCGCAAGCCGGGACCUGCGAGCCGAGAUUGCGACAGCGGAGUUGGACCUGCUGAAAGAGAGCGACGAGGCCCGGGCGGUGCGGUUGCAAGCGGAGAGGGAGGCGGAGGCGGCCGCGAAGAUCGUGCGUGCUAGGGAGGCACGACAGCUGUACGCAGGGCUCGAUAAUGGGAUCGAACGGAUGCAGCGGGGGUGCGCAAAGGCUGGGGCGGAGUCUUCUCUUCGGAAGGAGUCGUCAAGCCGAAGCGGGGAAGAUUCACUUAGCCCCCACAGCAGUGGGGCUGAAGCUGACGUCGAUUCGCAGGGCCUGCCGGGGGGGUACACGGACAGUGGCGACAAACUGGCGCUUGCGGGGGGGGAUCAGCGGCAGCACAGCUUCCAGUCUCCGAGGGGGGGGCCCUCUCAGGGGAGGGCGCUUUCACCUGCCGCUAGGCAACGCCAGCAGAAGCUUCUCUUGCAGAGGCAGCUCGAGGAGGAAGGGGUGCAGCUAGAGUUGCGGAUCGCAAACGGGGACCACAGACCUGAGGCGCCAAAGCGAGCGAGAGUGCCGCUCGGGUUGUCUCUGUGGUGCAGCUCCGGCAUCGAGGGGGGGCAGGAAUUCGCAGAGGGGGGGAGCGGGUCAGGGCAGGAGGACCGCGACCCUAGCCCCCAAUCCCCACUGGCUGAGAAGCGGAACAACGUGAUUGGGCGGCAAGACUGGCCGGAGGCCGGGGUUUUGGGUCUGCGAAAAGACGAGCAGCAUCAUAAGGGGGGCAUGGCUCUGGAAGCUGAACGGAGCACUCCCAGCCCCCCCGUUUCCCUUGGGCUCGCGUUGCAGUCGGGGGGUCGGCAGAACCGAAUGAGCAACACGGACACUUUGCAUGGGUCGGUGGGGCAGCCGCUCGGCUCGGUUGGGUUUGCGCGUCUCGAACUGGGCACGAGCAGAGAGACGUCGGACGUCGAACGGGGGGUGAAACGCCACAAGGACUGGCAGGAGGACGCGUGGGGUCGGUCCAGGGGGGCGGCGGGUCAGCCUCACCAACAUGUUCCCAACCACCCCCCCGAAGAGGAGAGGCGAAAGGCCGGCCCCCGGGAGCAAGCGAAGCGGCCACGGGUGGAACCGUCCCGGGGAAACCUCUCCCCGCCUCCCCCCCGCGCUGCGAACGUCCCCCAGAAGGCGCGAGGGUUUGACUACCCCGCCGCUCUGAGAUCGUCCGUCGAGGCGUUUCUGGCGCACUCGUCUAGCGGCAUGUCGCACGAAGUCGGCAUUGGGCUGAACUCGUCCCCCCGCUGUGGCCCCCCCCCGAGCGCGCCGCCAAGCUGCCCCCCCCUUUCACACAGCAGGAGCUCGUCCAGCGAGAACCCCCCUCCCGCAGGAUCACCCGCCCGACACCUCCGGCCGUCGUGCCAGAAUACCCCCUCCUCCCCGCCCACGUUCUGA